AGCUAAAAAAUUCUGCUCCAUUUUUAAGCGUUGUCCAUCCUCACAUGCAUUGGUCCUUCUAUAUAAAUCUCACAGAUCUAAAGUACAAAACAACUAUUCUGUUUUUGUUUAGACUAUUUACAACCCAUAUCAAAUAUCAAAUAAUCAUGUUGAAGCAACAAUUUGUCAUAGUCACAUUUCCUGCGCAAGGCCAUAUAAACCCCGCCUUCCAAUUCGCAGAACACCUCAUUCGCUUGGGAGUUCAUGUCACAUUCUUCACCACCAUUGGCGCCCACCGUCGAGGCAUGAUCAAAAGCCCUCCUACUGACGGCUUGUCGUUCACCACCUUCUCUGACGGCUAUGAUGAUGGAGUUGUACCUAUGGACGAUGCCAAAAAACAAUGGGAUCAGCUCAAGUGCAAUGGCUCCAAAGCUCUCACUGACCUCAUUGUCUCCACCGCCAAUAAACAGUGCAUAGUCUACACAAUGCUUCUGCCUUGGGUUGCUGAUGUGGCUCGAGAGCUUCAUCUUCCUUCUGCCCUUCUUUGGAUUCAGCCUGCAAUGGUUUUCGACAUAUACUACUACUAUUACAAUGGUUUUACUGAUGUUAUUGGGAACGACAGCGAUGACCGGCCCUCCUGUUCGAUACAGUUACCAGGUUUGCCACUGCUUGCUACUCGUGACCUUCCCUCCUUCUUGCUUGCUUCAAACCCAUAUGCUCUUGUACUCCCUCAAUUCCAAGCCCAACUUGAAGCUCUUGUAAAGGAGAGCAAUCCUAGAGUUCUAAUGAAUACCUUUGAUGCACUAGAGCCUGAGGCUUUAAAAGCGCUCGAAAAACUUAACUUGGUUUCAAUUGGACCGCUAGUUCCAUAUUCUAUUUUGGAUGGAAGAGAUCCGUCUAAUGGCUCCAAAAAUUACAUCAAAUGGCUCAACUCGAAAUCCGAAUCAUCAGUCAUUUACGUUUCAUUUGGAAGCUUAUUGGUGUUAAAAAAGCAACAAAUGGAGGAAAUUGCACGCGGAUUGUUGGAUUGUGGGAGGCCUUUCUUGUGGGUCAUAAGAGCUAAGGAAAGUGGGGAAGAAGAGGAGUUGAGUUGUAGAGAGGAAUUGGAACAAAUGGGAAUGAUAGUGCCAUGGUGUUCCCAAGUGGAGGUUUUGUCACAUCCUUCACUAGGAUGCUUUGUGACACAUUGUGGUUGGAAUUCAACUUUGGAGAGUUUGGUUUUAGGGGUGCCAAUGGUAGCAUUUCCACAGUGGUCUGAUCAAGGGACGAAUGCGAAGCUAAUUGAAGAUGUGUGGAAGACAGGAGUGAGGGUGACAGUGAAUAAGGAUGGGAUUGUUGAAGGUGAUGAGAUUAAGAGAUGCUUGGAAUUGGCUGUGGGAGAUGGAGAAAGAAGGGAAGCAAUUAGAAGGAAUGCCAAGAAAUGGAAGGAGUUGGCUAUAGAGGCUGCCAAAGAAGUUGGUUCUUCCUAUAACAAUCUCAAAGCUUUUGUGGAUGAGAUUGGUGAAGUUAAAGUCGCUGUUAAAAGAGUAUAGGUUUGCUGAUGUGAAGCAUCAUAAUAAGCUACAAGACUGAGUGCCCAUAUAUAAAAUUGCUAAUGAGAGUGUAUGUUUGCUGAUGAAAUAAAAGAGUGAUUAUAGAAAGUGAUUCUAAGACAUGUAUAGAUUCCCUCUCAUCUACUAAGGACAGUAAUCCUUGGGGACUAUAUCAUUUUGUAGAGGCUAUCUACGUGGUAUGUUCCUUGCUAGUUUCAGUUUCUUUUAGUUGGGUUUAUGAUGAGGCAAAUAUGGCUGCUCAUAAAUUAGCUAUAGGGAGGUUGUCUUUUUUGUUUCCUUGUAAUUUGCUUUCUGUUGAGUAACAUUUUCAGUUCUUAAUAAAAAAAAAAAGUUUGUUUUUA